UAUAUCCAUAUUCUCGUAGUACUAGAAAUUCCCUCCAUAACGUUCGUGUCACGUGAUUUCAGGUGCCUCUUUGCUUCGCACUAAUUGAGCUUCUUUCUAGCUUCAACUCGAGCUUGGACCAACCCGUUUAAGCUCUGAAAUUUCAACGAAGAAGACAUGUUUUUACUCCUGAAACCAAAUAAGUCGGGUAAUAUGAUCGGGUAAAUUCUUGUUUUCCUAGUAAAUUGAACAAUUUUCCCCCUUCUGACUUGUUUUUGGUUAGAAGUUCAAUCCAUGUACAGAAGUCUCAUGAUCUAUAAGUCAAAGAUGUAUGGUAAAUUCUGGUAAUACAGAUACCAAAUUGUCCUAGAUUUCCUUUAUUCCAAAGUUCAUGAGAACAUGAACAAGACCCUUUUCCCCACUAUAUAAUCCACCCCCAAAACUCGUUAAUUUAAAAAUCUUAUUCACAAAUCACAUAAGUGUGCUGAUAUUAUCGAGAGGUAGGUUCCAUUUCCGCACCCCUUUUCCACCUCUCCAACUCUCUACUUCUUUCGGACAUUUCAUCGAACAUGUUGCGUGCACCCAGUUCGAGAGCAUCAAUCGCAAUCAUUUUUGCCCUCAUCUCUAUUCUCCCAUGGCCGACACACUCCGCCAAAAAGAGCUAUGUCCAAGAAGCCUGCAGCGUAACACAACACCAAGAUCUCUGUAUCCAAUUACUGACGCCAUUUUCAAGCAGCGCCAAGCGAAGCCCCACGAAAUGGGCGCGAGCGGCCGUGUCGGUGACAAUAUCAGAGGCUAAAACCGUGGCGCGAUUCCUGGGGAGGGUGAAGAACAACAAGCGGCUCAUGGGGAGAAACAGGGCCGCAGUUUCCGACUGUGUGGAGGUCUUCGAAGCCGCCAUUGAUGAGCUCCAUAGGUCACUUGGGGUUCUUAGAAGACUAAGUAAGAGGAAUUUUGACGCCCAAAUGGGGGAUCUCAAUACGUGGGUUAGCGCAGCGCUGACCAAUGAAGAUACUUGCGUGGAUGGAUUUGGAGGGGAAAGUGGAAAAGUAGUGAAUUUGAUAAGGAAUCGCGCGGUGAAGGCUGGUUAUAUUACAAGUAAUGCACUCGCCUUGAUUUCCAAACUGGCUGCCUCGGGCUUCCAAACUGUACUGCCCCGAAACAGUAAGAGAAGACAGUAACCAUUAAAGAUUAAAUAUAAUUACAAUAUGUAUCACUAUCCUGCAAAGAAAUAAAUGAAUCUAAUGUUAUAGAACAACAUACGAAUGAAUAUUGGGCUUAUAUAUUGGAGGGGUGCGCCAAGCCCAAGCUAUAGUGCAGCACAUGGGCGAUGCUCGAGGGCCCCAGUAGCAAGCUACUGUAGUGGACCCUCCCCCUUGAAAAAUUAAUUUAAUAUCAUGUGGGCCGAUGGCCCACGUAUCAGAUAUUAAACUGAUAAGAACAGAUACUACACUUGAUCUUAGCCAAAAGGCCGAGAA